UUCUUCUUCAUCUUUCCCGCUUCUCAAGCACAGCCAAUUAUCUUUCGGGUUCUCUGAAUCAAGCCUCUGCUACAAUGGGACCGAGCGACAACAAGCUUAGCCAUGUCCUGCUAGAGCCGUACUGUAUCCUCUGCCGUAACCAUGCACAAUUCUCUCGGGAGACAGUAACGAAGCCAGAAAACCCUGUGGCACCAGAGCCAUGGGAGAAGGUGGUUAUGUGCUUCUUCAGCACAGAGCCCACCACAGAGCCUACCGGUGCAGACGGUGGGGGAGAGCAGAUCUUUCGAUUCAAAACCGACACACCAAGGGGUUCUGAUACAGAGCAAGAAUUCAUUCAUGGCGAGCGACCGGUCGACUUCGAUGACGAGGGCAUCCGUGCUAUUCUACAGCAGGCUAAAUUGAUGCUCUGUUAUGGCUGUUCCGACUGCGAUUUGGAGCGCACUGCAAACAUUGUGCACAUUCCCUGUCUUCAGGCUGCCAGAUCGAAGAUUCCACGCCUAUCCGUGCGCCAGCUCUGUGACAUGGCUUGGCUUCUGCGCCCCAUGCUGGCGUGGUACAACGCCGGCCAGGUCUUUCCUCGGCAGAAUCCCAUCACCCGGUUGCCCAGAGACUCUGAUAUUUCGUCGACUGAGUUAGGCUCGUUUCUUCGGGACAUGAGGGCGAAGCUCCCUCUCGACAUCGAAAGAUUGAUCUGCGAUAAGAUUCCUCACGGGCUCUUCUCAUCCCUCUCCGGCUGCUUGCAGACAAUAUCCAGUCUCGAGAAAAAUGGCUGGCUGGAAGAUGGAGUUCGUGCGCGCAAAUCCCUUUUUACGCUCAUGCCGUUUGAAAACACCCCUUCACCUAAAAGUAUUGGAUGUGAUGUGGUUAACAUUCUCACGGAAAACUAUAUAGCACGAAUCACGGUCAACGAGAGCGUUCAGAGUAGCCAGCAAUCGAUUCAGUUGCUGAACAGACCGAUGGAGGGUGUGCAGUACGCGAUAGGAAUGUACGGCAUGCUUGCGCUGAGGAUAUGUUACACAGAUAAAGCGGUGUCGGCGUGGCUAGGGGAACCUCCUCGGAAAUGGAUACGAUUUAUCCGUGGCUCCGACUUGUCGAAGCUCGAGGCUCGGUCUGAUGGACAUAGGCUAUUGUCACUGGUCUUUCGCAGUGACGAAAAGGCUGGCGAAGAAGACGGCGCCUCCGAAAGCGAAGAGAAUAAAAGCACCGCCUUCUGGGAGCAUGCUCCGACUCCUGGCAUCGAGGACAAGGCAGUUUUGAUCGACUUUUCUAUGCGAACGGCGGCCAUAAGAGGCAAUCCCGGUGCGCGAUUUCUGCGCAACAUUACCUUACCAGUGGCUGAUGGCAAGCCGCACUCAAUCACCUGCUUCUGUCAUUUUGCUGGCACCGACAGCAUCCAGAUCGACGGAGACACCAACUCCCGGAUUGGCGAUCCCCUGUCAUAUUCUUCCCCCGUUACUUUCUACUUACAGCCGGACGAGGUCGUGGAUUCGGUCUACGGUCUUAUGCGUGGAUCGGGCUUUGCAGAUUUUCCUUGCCCAACGCCCUUUGCACUGAUGCGCACUACCCUCGGCCGGUACCUGUGCUUUUCUCCAUAUUUCCUCGGCCCCAGCGACGAGUUCCCAUCGGCUGUGUUACUGUAUGGCAACGAGAGCACGCACCGCGCCACCGGACUGUUCUUCGAUGCCUUAAAUUCUUAUAUUUCCGUUCCCUUCUACGAUGACAUCAGCCCCUCCAUGGGUGUCAUUCAAGAGCCAAGAUCAAGAGAUAUGACAUCGCCUCCCGAGACUCCAAUUUCUCUCUGCCACUCUCUACCCCAUAUUUGGAAGGACGAGGUUUCUACAGUUAACCCUUCUGGGGCAAUCUUUAGUAAAGCAGCUCUAGCAGGAGUUCAGGAAAUAGUGCAGCAGAAGGAAGGCGAUAGAGUCCGAGGUCUUCGAGCUCGAUUCCAGGAUGACACUAUACGAGUCCUUGGAGCCUGGGAUCCAUCGAAGAGUCCCGAUGCGUUCAACACAAUCUUCUCAGCAGAUUCUGACGUCAAGCUUGAGUCCAUUACGUUUGUCAUGGGUCAAAACCAGGGCAGAUACUCUUACAUGCACCAGGUUGUCAGAGAAAUCGUGGUCAAUCGUGGCUGUGAGAUGGAUCAGGCCAACGUCUUCACAUGGGAGAGACUUGACGAGGAAGUAUGUUGGUACUUCUACUAUAACGAAGACGAUGUUUGUUACUGGGAGGGUAAGGAAUUCACGCCGAGGAUUGAGCCGUGCAAGGAGAUCCGUUACCAGAUUGAGUAGUAGUAGGUAGCGCCCUUUCGGUUAUUUUUCAAAUACAUGUUUC